CUUGUUCCUAGUAGCUUCUUGUUACUACUAGCGUGGCACCUGUUACUAGUAGCAAUGGCCUGCUGCGCCAUGGAACCAUGCUGCAGAUGCGAGAUGGCUGAUGUCGCUUUCAAGUUGUCCUCGUGCUAUCCGAACGGGCGGAAACACCCAUCUUCGGAGCGAAGGUUGGCAUGGGAGUUUCCACAGUCGAAGUGGCGGCAAAGCGGCCGUCUGCUGGCGACUGCCCUCCUUCGGUGAAAGCCUCAAUUCUCCUUGGCAAAAGGAUCCGUGAAUGUCGAAAGUUGCGGCAAUGGAAGAAGGCGGUCAGUCUUUUGCUGGAAGCCCAAAGAGAACUAUUGAAGCUGAACAUGAUCCUGUAUUGCUCGGCCAUCAGCGCUUGCGAAGCAUGCAAUGAAUGGAGACAAGCCCUCGUUCUGCUCAAGGACACAAGGUGUCAAUGGUUGCAUGCAAACACCUUCACGUACAGCAGCAGCAUCAGCGCCUGUGAGAAGGCUGCCCGCUGGAGAGAAGCCUUCGAGCUCUUUGCGAAUGCGAGAGAAGCCUCUCAUCGUGAGCUCCGUCCCGACCCGAUGGACGCCCUGACGGACACCGUGACGCACAGCGCAGUGACGUCUGCUUGUGAGAAGUCAUCGCAAUGGCAAAGAGCCUUGCAGUUCAUUCAUCUGUGCCAUGCCAGGCACCUGGAAGUGUCGUUGGUGACGUACAACGCAGGAAUUAGCGCCUGCGAGAAAUCGGAGAUGUCAAAGCGGAAGGGUGCUGCAUGGCGACAGGCACUGCUUUUGAUCGAGGAUGUGGAGCAGCAGCGCUUCCAAAAAGAUACGAUUUUGUUCGGGGCUGCCAUCUCUGCCUGCAAGAAGGCCGGAAAGCUUCAGGAGGCUUUACAGCUGCUUGCCGAAGCAAAGACAUUGCACUUGUGCAGCGUGAACGUUUACGGGGCAGCGAUAGGGGCUUGCGAGUCGGCAGCCGAGAGCCAGUGGGAUGUGGCGCUGCAACUUUGCAAAGUUGAUACUAGCAAUGGACAGAACAUACUACUAGCAAUGGCCUCCAACCUGCUUGCAAUGGCCUCCAAUCUACUUGCAAUGGCCUCCAACCUACUAGCGAUGUGUUGGCUCUUUAAGGUUGAUCAGCCUUUCUAUCUUUGUAGAAAUUGAGUGUGAUAUGCUGUGAUUGGUCCUUUUCAACCCUGCAGCUUGCUGAACUGUCGUAGUUCGGUUGGACAACCGUCCUAUUUGCGCUGCUGUGUAGGUGCUUGUUCAAAAGGAGCCAUGUUUUAUCCUCUUGUGCUCCAGGCAUUUGCUAUACGAGAUGAAGUCCAAGACCCCAGCACGAAGAUUUAGAAGUUUUGUUUUGAUGGCCAGAUUGUGUUGGACUUUUUGGAUAGGCGGAUAGGAGCAAGGACGCUACGAGGGGCGGCAUCGCUACUAGGAGUAUUCUUACUAUACUAUUUGUUGAUGUGCUCUGGUUGAAUUCUCGUUCACCCUUGAAAUUCACAGGACGCUGCGAGGCAAUGUCAUAACCUACAGUUCUGCGGCGAGCUCUUGCGCUAAAGCAGGGAAGUGGCGAGAAGCAGUUCAGCUCCUUGCAGACUUCAGCCGAAAGCAGAGGCGUGUUGAAAGAGUGGCAACCAUGUUUUUUGGGAGGCCAUCGCUACUAGGGUGGAGGCCAUCGCUAGCAACCACGUUUUUUUCGGUACCUGAUUUUUGGCCAGUUUGACUUCGAACUAGCACGAGAGGCAGACACUAAAGUGGUGGUGCCGACCUGACCACGACCCCAGAGACUCCAGAGACUUCUGCGACUCAGUUUGGCCUCCAGCGAUAGACUCCAAGCGGUUCACGAUCAGAUCGGUUCGAAGCCGACCUGCCUCGGCAGGCCCAACCUGAUCUUUUACAGUGCUGUUAUCUUCGCAUGCGAGGCAGCCGCCCAGUGGCAACAAGCUCUGGAACUUUGGCGAGAGGUGGUCGA